UUUUAUCAUUAGACCUUACAAUGGGAGUGGCAGUCUAGAUGGUUCUGCUUCCAUGCCAGAUUCUGGUAGCUUGAUUUUCUCCAACUCUAGAAAUUCCAUGUAUCAUGCUUGUGUUAACUUUUUAAAGAUUUUGAUAAUUUUUUUAUUGCUUUUCGUCAUUCUUACACUUGUUAGUGAAAAUGUUUGUUCUUCCACUUAUGCAAUCAGUCAAAUACACAAGUACUGGUGGAUUUUAAACAUCUUUUCGUUUUCUUUACAUUUAAUUCAUUAAUCGGCUUUGAAAAAUAUUCCUUUCUGUCUCAUUUAUUUAUUCAUAUAUUUGAUAAUCAAUGACUAACAAAUUGAUAGUUUACGAUUACAUUUUGUUUGUUGUAAGGUAUUACUCUCUGUUUGUAUCCUUUCACCCCUAUUGCCUUGCAAGAAUUUAGUUUUUUUUCUGGAAAUGCAGCUUAAUGUAUUCAGCCUACCUGCAGAUUCGUAUGCAGCAAACGUUGCUGUGAGAGAGGGGGAAUCUGUAUAUGACUAUUGCUGGUACCCAUACAUGUCUGCUUCAAAUCCAGAUCUUUGUGUAUUAGCGACGUCUACUAAAGACCAUCCAAUUCAUCUAUGGGAUUCUAAUUCUGGACAGCUCCGCUGCACGUACCGUGCUUAUGAUGCCAUGGAUGAGAUUACUGCUGCCUUCUCAAUUGGCUUCAACCCUAAUGGAAACAAGAUUUUUGCUGGAUAUAAUAAAACUAUUAGAGUAUUUGAUGUUCAUCGCCCGGGGAGAGAUUUUGAACAAUAUUCAACUCUUUCGGGAAAAAAAGAAGGGCAAUCUGGUAUCAUAUCUUCAAUUGCUUUCUCUCCCACUGAUUCUGGGAUGCUGGCUGCGGGUUCCUACAGCCAAACUACUGCUAUAUACAGAGAAGAUAAUAUGGAGCUGUUGUAUGUGUUGCAUGGCCAAGAAGGUGGUGUUACACAAGUUCAGUUUUCGAAAGAUGGCAACUAUUUGUACACCGGGGGGCGUAAGGAUCCGUAUGUGCUAUGCUGGGAUAUUCGCAAAACUGUUGAUAUUGUCUACAAACUAUAUCGAUCAUCCGAAACUACCAAUCAAAGGAUACAAUUUGAUAUUGAGCCUCUUGGUCGAUAUCUUGGAACUGGCGGUCAGGAUGGUCUUGUGCAUAUCUAUGAUCUCCAGACAGGGGAAUGGGUAUCAAGCUUUCAAGCUGCGCUAGAUACCGUAAAUGGUUUUGCUUUCCACCCGUUUCUCCCGAUGGCAGCAACUUCAUCAGGACAUAGGCGAUUUGCUGAAUUAGUGGAUGACUCUCAAGAAAAUAACCCUUUAAAUGGUCACGAAAAUUGUUUGUCUGCAUGGAGCUUUUAUUCUUCGACAGCGGAUGAUGCAGCCAACACUGAUUCUGGAAAUUGAUAUCUUGACUUUGGAUCUGUACAAUAGCUUAUAACAUUGGCCAUAUUUAUGUUGUAGAUUUCCAAAUUUUGCAUUGAAGAUAAAAAUUAUGACCGAAAUCUUGACUAAUAUGAACUCUGAUGCAUAUGUUUUAUGGUAUUAAUAGAGGUUGAUACUGUUUCAAACAA